GCAAGAUUAGGAAAUAUCUUAAUAUUAAUAUAGCCAUAGCUCAAAUGGAAGCGCCCGUAUGGGAAAGUAUAAUAUACAACACAGAAAAAAUCGCAGUGCAAAAACUUAUCGUUUUUGCUUUUGGUAUGUUGUGUCUCUAUCCAUGACUAAGGUUCCAGAGCUACACGGGGUCAUGGGAUGAAUCGAUGCACGGAAAAAAUAUUGUAAAAUAAUAAAUCUAGUUACUUGAAGGAGGCAUAAGAAAAAAAUCCUCAUGGCCGUUAUUCCUCUUCUGUUUGGAAUGAAAUCAGCGGCGGUAGUUAUCUUCGCCAUGGCAAUAGUCACCGUUUUGACCCUGAAAGCCUACAUUGCCAGUAAAGUCGCCCUACUCGUCACUGUCGGCAUGGCAGCCAAAAAACUAUACGAAUCAUAUAGUAGCGGCGUCGGUUUAAACCACCCAUACCUUUAUUCACAAUAUCCGAUUGACUUUCCGAGCGCCUCUUCGCACGCGUACUCCGUCAGUGGAGUGAGCCCGCAAUUCGCAUCACCAGAGUUGUAUAGCCCAACCGCUCUGGGUGCACAGCAACAAGCACACGAGCUCUUACAACAACCAGAUGCGAGUGCUCAGCAGUCGCAACAGGCGCCCGCACUUCAGCUAGUGAACACAACGCGAGCUGCGGAGCGAUGGGACGGGUACCGGAGACGUCCAAUGUUUUAUGGAACCUCGCGCGCUACUUCAGGGUCCUAUUUGGCCUAUCACCCCCGCCAUUGAGCGCCUCCACAAUGGCAAUGCCAAUGUACGUUUUGCCACAAAUGUAUGAAGCUGAGCCGAUGUCAAUGCAGAUGCAACCGGUUCAAACAUAAUUGGACAACAAACUUUAGAUACUGGAUCAAGUGGCAACAAUUUUAGUUCAUGUCAGGCCACCACGCUUUUAUCUUGAUCCAUUCCCUUGCGUGGUGGUCUGACAGACAAAGCAAUCGCAAUGUUUUAAAUUGCCCGACUGUUAAAUUCUCUUAUCAAUAUCUCCUUGUACAGAUAGUCAAUAUGCAUUUUAAGACAUUGCUGAGUUGCCCACACUUAAUUUUUAAGACUGAACCUCUUAAAGACUGCUUAGCGCGAGCCCGUCGACUUUAUUUAAUUAAAGUAAUUUAUUGUUAAUGUUAAGUGUUG